AGCCGAUUUAUUUUGCACAUUCCAAGUGAAGAGAGAGACAAUGCAAUCAGAGUAUGUUUUCAGAUUGAACUCGCCCAUUGGUUUUACUUGGAUUUCUACAUGCAAAACACACCAGGAUUACCUCAGUGUGGGAUAAGAGACUUUGCUAAAGCUGUCUUCAAUCACUGUCCUUUUUUACUGCCUCAAGGUGAAGAUGUACAAAAGGUUUUAGAUGAGUGGAAGGAAUAUAAAAUGGGAGUGCCAACCUAUGGUGCAAUUAUUCUUGAUGAGACACUUGAAAAUGUUCUUUUGGUCCAGGGUUAUUUAGCAAAGUCUGGUUGGGGGUUUCCAAAGGGGAAGGUAAAUAAAGAAGAGGCUCCUCAUGAUUGUGCUGCUAGAGAGGUAUUUGAAGAAACCGGGUUUGAUAUAAAAGAUUAUAUCUGCAAAGAAGAAUACAUUGAGCUGCGAAUUAAUGAUCAGUUAGCACGGCUCUACAUCAUUCCAGGAGUUCCAAAGAACACAAAAUUCAACCCUAAAACUAGAAGGGAAAUUCGGAAUAUUGAAUGGUUUUCCAUUGACAAAUUACCAUGCCACAGGAAUGACAUGACCCCAAAGUCCAAGCUAGGUUUGGCACCUAACAAAUUCUUUAUGGCCAUUCCCUUCAUCAGGCCAUUGAGGGAAUGGCUUUCUCGAAGGAAUGGAGAUACCUCGGAUAGUGACAAUGGACUUUCAUCUGCUGGGAACACUCCUUGUAAGCUUAGCAUGGAAAAAGUGAGAUCCAAGCCUCGCUGUGGUCAGCAGACAUGUACAGAUAGCUCUUCAGGAGAGCAGUGGAUAAAGCCAAAACAACCACAGAAGCCAUGUAAUCAUGCUGAGAUAUCUGAAGUUUUAAAAAUAAAGAACUUGAGGGCCAAUGGCAGAAAGCAACAUCCAGACACUCCCAGCCAAAAGAAGCGAACAAACGGAGUCCACAGUCAACCAGCUAAGCAAAACCAUGCCUUGGUAAGAAACAAAUGUGAAAAAAGGCUUAAUCCAAGAAGACUUCAAGAUAACUUUGAAACAGAUGCUGCAUAUGAGAUGUGUUGCUCUAGUGAGGAUCCGCUGCUAGAACACGGGGAAGGACACUCUGUGGCACGCAAUGGCCAUUACAAAUUUAUGUUCUCAUCAAGAGCUUUCUUGAGCUUCAAGUUUGACCACGAUGCCAUAAUGAAAAGUUUUGACUUCUGACAGCAAGCUUGUUAAGAACAAAAAUCAGACUUACCUGUUGCAAUUGAGUGGGUUUCAAAUCCAGCCUUACUCUUUCUCAGGAGUUUUCUGUGGGGCGGAAAGGAGGAAUGAUUUUUUUGUGUGU